AGCGCUUGAGGAGGGGCGAGGGUGGCCCGUCGGCACGAGCGCAGACAGCGAGGAACAGCUGCAGAGAAGCUCUCGUUCAUUGAAUUGCACAGCAUAGCUCAUACAAUAUAACCAUUCCCCCCAAAAACAAAACAAAUUAUAUCGUAUAAAACAUAACCAUCCAACAUGGUUGACCGCGAGCAGCUGGUUCAAAAAGCCAGGCUGGCAGAGCAGGCAGAGAGAUAUGACGAUAUGGCAGCAGCCAUGAAAUCGGUAACUGAGCUGAACGAGGCCUUGUCGAAUGAAGAGAGGAAUCUCUUGUCCGUUGCUUAUAAGAAUGUUGUUGGCGCACGCCGUUCAUCUUGGAGAGUCAUCUCUAGCAUUGAGCAGAAGACCUCUGCAGAUGGCAACGAGAAGAAGAUCGAGAUGGUGAGGGCCUACCGUGAGAAGAUCGAAAAAGAGCUUGAGGCGGUGUGCCAAGAUGUUCUUAACCUGUUGGAUAACUUCCUCAUCAAGAACUGCAGCGACACCCAGCAUGAGAGCAAGGUCUUCUACCUGAAGAUGAAGGGAGACUACUACCGCUACUUGGCCGAGGUGGCCACCGGUGAGAAGAAGUCCACUGUGGUGGAAUCUUCGGAGAAGGCCUACAAUGAGGCUCAUGAGAUCAGCAAAGAGCACAUGCAGCCCACCCAUCCCAUCCGACUGGGAUUGGCCCUCAACUACUCGGUGUUCUACUACGAGAUCCAGAAUGCUCCGGAACAAGCCUGUCAUCUGGCCAAGACCGCCUUCGAUGACGCUAUCGCAGAGCUCGACACGCUUAAUGAGGACUCCUACAAAGACUCAACCCUCAUCAUGCAGCUCCUCCGAGACAACUUAACACUGUGGACGAGUGACCAGCAAGAUGAUGAGGGUGGGGAGGGCAACAAUUAAAAGUAGACCUCCCUAUGUAGAAACAUAAAAAAAUGGCUGAUGGACUUUGGCAGCAGCUUUUGCCAUGGUUUCCUCUGCAGCAGCAGUUCUUUAUUUUUCCACAAGUUAAAAGAAAAAAUAUCAAGGGUGGAAUGGGGGGGGGGAUGGGGGGGGCUUAAGUCCUAGUUUGAAUAUAUACAGAAAUAUAUAUAGUUGAAUGGGCCUCCCUCUUCUUGGUUCUCUUUGACGUUUGCCAAAACCACUGAAAUGUCAGUCAAUCAGCCGGCAGUGGUCGUUGUUGGUUUGGAAUGGCAGCCUCACACUGGCAAAUGGACUGAUGCAUUUCAAAGGGAUGCUGCUUAUUUAUCUUUUGGGUAGUAGUAAAGCAUUUCAAAAAGAGGGUUUGGUGCAAUGGCAUUUGAAGGAGAAAUGGUGUUUUAAAUGGUUCCAGUAUAAGUCAUGAGUUGAUUUGUUAAGAGUUGUCCUGUAUGCAGUAAUUAAACAAACUAAAAACUAUAUACUAAGGCUCAUCACCCAUUGUCAUUUAGCUGUUAAAUGGAAGUGUGGUGAAUGAAAUUAAGUAUUCUUUGAAUGCAUAAAAAUAAACAAAAAUCAGUUGCUUAAAUAAAAAGUCAUUGUCAUAUAAUCUUUGCAGUGUGAUACUACUGGAACCAUUCACUUUAUUUUGAAGGACAGGUUAGGAAGAAGACAGAGACUUGUCUGAUUUAAAUUAAAUAAAAUAAAAUAAAAAAGAAAGAAAAAAAAGAAAAGAAAAUAGGAAAAUAUUGCAGCUUCAAAGUUUGUGGUUUACUUCUGUGUUUAACUUAUUUUUGCACUUGCCAAUUAUACUGUUUUGUCAGUGUAAGAUAAUUACAAUGAUACUAUCAGUGAUUCAAUAUUGUGCAUGCUGGUGAUGUAUUUAUACAAUAGCUUGACUUUAUUAACUUAUAUCUUAGAUGUUAUGUAUUCCUAUAAUUGAAAAGUAAACUGGCUUCAUAUUGUUUAUUUAUAAUUUAUUAGUUUUUGUUUUGAUUUGCUAUUCCAAAAUUGUGAUUGUUAACAAUAAAUCGAUCUGUUAUGGCCAUUGCCGUGG